UCUUGGCGCUGUUCAGUCUGCAAAGAGAUUCGCUGAAGUGUGCAACGCGCUGCGCACGCAACUAAAAAUUUCAACAACAAAAUAAAACGUUAAAAGUGAAAACAGACCAAAUCGAAAAAGAAAAAAUAAAAACUAUUUCGGUAUUUCAAUAUUUGUGGCAGGUGCUAACAGUAACGCGCUCAGGACUAUACAGGACUCUCUUCCAACAGACAACGACCAAUUAGAAAUUUAAUUAAGCCAUGUCAAGCAAUUGGCCCGAAAAUGUUGGAAUACGCGCGAUUGAAGUGCUCUUCCCCUCGCAAUAUGUGGACCAAACGGAAUUGGAACAGUUCGAUGGAGCAUCCGCUGGCAAAUACACAAUCGGUCUGGGCCAAGCGAAAAUGGGUUUCUGUUCGGAUCGCGAGGAUGUCAACUCACUGUGCCUAACGGUUGUCACGCGCCUAUUGGAACGCCAUCAUAUCAAGCAUACGGAUAUUGGAAGGCUGGAGGUAGGCACCGAAACGAUUGUCGAUAAAUCGAAAUCGGUGAAAUCUGUGCUUAUGCAAUUAUUUGCCACGAGUGGAAACACUGAUAUCGAAGGUAUCGAUACCACAAAUGCCUGCUACGGAGGCACUGCAGCACUUUUUAAUGCCUUAAAUUGGAUUGAGUCAUCCAGCUGGGAUGGACGCUAUGCGCUAGCCGUGUGCGCCGACAUUGCCGUCUAUGCAAAAGGUGCAGCCCGUCCCACAGGCGGCGCCGGCGCCAUUGCCAUGCUAGUGGGACCAAAUGCGCCACUGAUUCUCGAGCGUGGCCUACGUGCCACCCACAUGGAGCAUGCCUACGACUUCUAUAAGCCCGACCUGAGUUCUGAGUACCCGACAGUCGAUGGCAAACUUUCCAUACAGUGUUACCUCUCUGCACUGGACACCUGCUAUCGACUCUACCGCAAGAAAUUCGAAAAGCAACAGCCACAGCAUCAGUCAUUGGGGCUGCAGAACUUUGAUGCGAUCCUCUUCCAUACGCCCUUCUGUAAAUUGGUGCAGAAGUCGGUGGGUCGGUUGAGUUUGAAUGACUUUUUGCUUAGCAGCGAAACGGAGCGUGCCCAAAAGUUUCCCGGCCUGGAGCGCUUCAAUGAAACCACACUGGAGGGCAGCUACUUCGAUCGAGAUGUGGAGAAGGCUUUUCUCACUCAAUCGGCAGAGCUCUUUGCCGCUAAGACCAAGAAAUCUUUGUUGCUAGCCAACCAGGUGGGCAAUAUGUACACGCCGAGCGUCUACUCAGGUUUGGUCUCGCUGCUGAUCAGCGAGCCGGCUGCUCAGCUGGUGGGCAAACGCAUUGGCGUCUUCUCCUAUGGGUCUGGUCUAGCUGCCUCGAUGUACUCGAUUAAAGUGACGGAGGAUGCGGCUGUGUUUGAGAAGUUUGUCUCGCAGCUGGACUAUGUAUUGCCGCUGCUUAACUCAAGAGAGAAGGUCGCUCCAGAGAGGUUUUCAGAGCUGAUGGAGGUGAGGGAGAAGAACAAUCAUGCAGCGCCUUAUACGCCAACGGGCAGCAUCAGUGCUUUAUUCCCGGGCACCUAUUAUCUUAAAGAUGUGGAUGCACUGCAUCGACGUAGCUAUGAGCGCACGCCCAACAACAAUCUAACCAAUGGAGUGCAUUAACCGAAGCAGCAACAGCCGCAACAACUGAAACUUUACUUGACAAUAAUCCUCAACUACUGUUUAAAUCUAGCUGCUAUAUACUAACAAUAUACAUCUAUAUAAAUCGGUUGUACAUUUGGAUUCUUUUCAUUAAUAUUUAGCUACUCAUUUCUCUUUCGGUGAACACGGUCGUAUCUAUCUAAUGCAAUAUUAAUUAAAUAUUAUUAAGUUUAUGGCCAGGCUUAAAACAUUUUCACAAAG